UAAAAUAUAAUCAAAUCAACCAAUUUUACACAUAAAAAAAUAAAAAAAUAAACACAUAACCUUAGAAUUUAUCCACAAUCAAAAAUGAGCAUGAGAGCGUGGUAUGUGUUUAUUAUUGUGUUUUGUGAAUGCAACCAGUAAAAGGGAGCAAGCAGAGGAGCAAGUAAUGUGUGUACUUUCGAAAAGUUUGUCAAAUAAGUUUUAUGGUUUCGGUUUUUCGGUUUUCGCUAUAUUUUGUGUUGUGACUUGUGCAUAUUAGAAUAAAAUCGAAAGAUGUUUAAUUGUCCCUCGUGUAAUAAAACCUUUACUCGUAAAGACAACCUAUCUCGCCAUUUAAAGAGUGCCUGCAACAAAUCUUCCUUUCUAAACAGAUUGUUGACAAAGUCUACACCUGAAGAUAAUAAGAAAUAUUGUGAAGAAUGCAGAGUCAGUAUCACAAAAUUUAUGGUUUGGUUAUCUGCGAUCAAACGCACAUAAAAAUAAUUCUAAAAUAUUUUAACAACCAGGAGUACAAAUUAUUAAAUCUGCAUUCAAAGAACGAAUAAUAACAUAUAGAUUAUCUAUGGAGGAGAUGAUCGUAAAUGUUAAAAAUUACUUUAUAAAAUUGGAACAAAUGAUUCUUCGUAUAUUUGAGGAUCAAUUAAGAAAACAUACAUGCCUUAAAAUUAAUAUGGAGCUUUUUGGCUAUUAUUAUAAUCCAAGUACUGAUAAUCAUGAUGUAAAAUCAUUCAACACUCCAUUUAAAGUAAUUUGCAAUAGUGCCAAAACAAAGGAUGUGAUAGAAGAAUUUGCAACAGUUAUUGACAAUAAGGCAGAUGAGUUCGCAGAAAAAGAUUCCGGAUGGAUCUUACUUAAUUUUAUUCAUUUGGAAAUUAACAUCAAUAAAUUCAAUCCUUUGAGAGCAUCAUCAUUUAUUGAACUACCUCCUGAAAUAGUACGACGUCAAGCUGUAGUUAAUAUAAGAAAUAACGAUGACUACUGCUUUGCUUGGUCUAUCAUGGCAGCUCUUCAUACUCCAACAGGUGUUGACUUUGUUACAUCAUCAUACCCUCAUUAUUCAACGGGUUUGAACACUGCAGGUAUUAACUUUCCAAUAACAUUAAAAGACAUUAAAAAAUUUGAAAAUCAAAACAAUAUUUCUAUUAAUGUAUAUGGUUUAGAAAAAUAUUAUAAUAAAAAUUCUAAUAAUGAAGAAUAUGAAGUAAUAGGUCCUCUACAUUUCACAAAUGCUAAAAAAAAUAUUCAUGUUAAUUUAUUAUUGAUAAACGAUGAUGAUGGAAAUCUUCAUUAUUGCUACAUUUCCGAUCUUUCUAAAUUAAUUUCUAAACAACUUAGUAAACACAAUGGUAGAAAAUAUUUAUGCGAAGGAUGUUUGCAAUAUUUUGAUACAGAACAAAAAUUACAAUACCAUAAUAGUUAUGAUUGUGAUCAUGUUAAAAUUAAUUUACCUUCUAAAGAACUAGUUAAAGAUAGAUAUGGAAAUGUAGCAUACGAAAAUAAAUAUUAAAAUUUAUAAAUUAUCAAAAACAAAUGGAAGUUCCUUUUGCGAUUUAUGCAGACUUUGAAUGUAUUUUAAAACCUUUAAAUAAUAAUGAAAAUGUAGAAGAUCCAAAUAGUUCAUAUACUGUAAAAAAAUUUGAACAUAUUCCAUACUCUUUUGCGUACUAUGUCAAAUGUUCAUUUGAUGUUGCAUAUUCUAAGUUUGAAAAAUAUAGAGGUUUGGAUAGUGAAAAAGUUUUUAUAAAUUCUCUAGAACAAGAUGCGUUAAAUUUAUAUCACACAUUUUUAAAGACUCCUAAGAAAAUGAAUACUCUAACAGAAUUAGAACAAACUACAUGUAACAAUGCUAAAAACUGUCAUAUUUGUGAUAAGCCACUUUUAGAGGAUAAAGUUGCCGAUCAUUGUCACCAUGAUUGUCACAUUACGGGCAACUAUAGAGGACCAGCUCAUUCUUUGUGUAAUAUAAACUAUAAAAUUCCUAAUUUUAUUCCAGUUAUAAUGCACAACUUACGUAAUUACGAUAGCCACCUAUUUUUAAAGAAUAUGUGUUUAAAUAAAGAACAACUAUCAGUAAUUCCACAAAAUAAAGAAAAAUAUAUAUCCUUUGAAAAACAUAUUCAUGUAGACAAUUAUUUUGAUAGACAUACAAGAAAUUUAAAAAAAAAGAAUCUAUCACUUAGAUUUAUCGACUCAUUUCAAUUCUUAUCAUUUUCUUUAUCUAAACUUUCAGAUACCCUAAAAGAUGAACUAUGUAUAGAAGUAAGAAAUUUUUUUAAAGAUGAGGAACAUUUUAAACUUAUUCGUCAAAAAGGUGUGUUUCCUUACAAUUACAUCGAUAGUUUUGAAAAAUUAGAGGAAAAAUUUCUCCCUGAAAAAGAUCAGUUUUUUAAUAGUUUAACAGAUGAACAUAUUUCUGACGAGGAAUAUGAAAGAGCUCUUAAAGUUUGGAAAUUAUUUGAAUGUGAAUGUAUAGGACAUUAUUCAGAUAUAUAUUUGCUAUCUAACACAAUGCUUUUAGCUGAUAUUUUCGAAAAUUUUCGAAAAACAUGUUUGUCAGCAUAUAAACUAGACCCUGCACACUUUUAGACAUAUUCCGGUUUAUCAUGGAAAGCUUGUUUACGUUAUACAGGUAUAGAAUUGGAAUUACUGAUAGAUCCAGAUAUGAUACAUUUUUUUAAAAAUAGUGUUCAUGGUGGAGUAAGUUGUAUAUAACUAGAAAAUCUGAGGCAAAUAAUCCUUUUCUUUCAAAAUUUGAUGCAACAAAACCUAAUAAGUAUAUAAUGUACUAGUGUAUAAUAGUGUACUAGACUAUUUUGGAUGGUUAACAGAAAAAGAAAUAAAAGAUCUAGAUAUUUUUUCAAUUUCUAAUACAUCUAGCAAAGGUUAUGUUCUAGAAGUUGAUUUAGAAUAUCCUGAACAACUUCAUGACUGUCACAACGAUUUUCCUUUUUGUCCAGAAAAUUAUAAACCACCUAAUUCAAAAUCUACAAAAUUAAUUCCAAAUUUGCACAAUAAAUCAAAAUAUGUUAUUCAUUACCAAUUUCUAAAACAAUGUUUGCAAAACGGUCUUAAGUUAACUAAAAUCCAUAGAGUGAUACAAUUUUCUCAAUCUGCUUGGUUGAAAAAAUUUAUAGAUUUAAACACAAAGUUACGUAAUGAGUCUAAAAAUGAAUUUGAUCGUCACACCUUUAUAUUAGCGAACAAUAGUAUAUAUGGAAAAACAAUGGAAAAUGUGGAUAGGAGAGUUGAUGUAAGACUUGUUACCGAAUGGGAAAAAAACAAAAGGAAAGAUGGGGCUGAAAAUCUCAUUGCAAAGCCGUAUUACCGUAUACAACAAACCAAUAUAUGUUGGCUUUUCCAUAUUAGAUAUUUCAAAAACGGUUCUGUAUGACUUAUAUUACAAUUUUUUAGAACCUUUGUAUAAAGAUAAUGUAGCUCUUCUGUAUACAGACACUGAUUCACUUAUACUUGAAAUUACAACAAAUAAUGUUUAUCAUGAUAUGCAUAAAAAUAUUCAUAAAUUUGAUACCUCCAAUUAUUUACCAAAUAAUAUACAUGAGAUGCCUAUAACACAAUCAGUUGUUGGUAAAUUUAAGGAUGAAUAUGCUGGUGAACCCAUUGAAUCAUUUUAUGGUACGGGGGCAAAAGCAUAUUGCGUGAAAACAGAAAAUUGUUUAUUAAAGAAAGCCAAAGGUUUAAAAAAACAUGCUAUUAAAAACCAAUUAGAUUUUAUUCAUUAUAAAGAUGUAGUAGAAAAUAAUUCUAAAACUUUUUGCUCCAUGUAUGUUUUUCGUUGUAGACUACAUUCAAUUUUUACUGAAUUAAUACAUAAAAUUGCUUUGAAUUCUGAAGAUAAUAAAAGAUAUCAAAUUCCACAUGAUUUUAAAACACUUGCUUGGGGUCAUCAUGAUAUUUCAUUUUACCAGUGGAAUGCAGAUAAUCCAAACCUCGAUAUAUUUUUUAAAUAAUACAAUAUAUUUAUUUUUAGUUUUAACAUUUACCAUAAAACUCUUUAAUGGUGUGAAACAUCAAACUUUACGCAAUUAUGAAAAGUUGAACUUAUACUUAUUAGAAAUAUAAUGUAUUAAAUAUUAAAACAGAAAUAGCAUUCCAUUCUGGAAUGAUUUAAAUUUAAUUUAUAAUUCCUCUUAUGAGUGUUUUAAACUUGUUAUAAUUUAUAGAUAUUAGUUAUAGAGUUAUACAGGAACAAAUAUAUUUUUUAUGUAUUUUAGUAUUACAUAUUAAAUGGUAAUCUAUGUAAUAAUGUAUUUUUUAGACUGUAGUGACUCAAAUAAUUUUGUUGAAUAAGUAAAAUAUAUUUUUUACAUGUUGGAUAAGUUUUAAUUGUUGUAUUUUAAGUUAUACCCUUGUUUAUAUAUUCUUAAAGUUGUUCAACCGACUAGACAAAAUGUGCUGCCAACUGGAGGACAAAUCGUGAA